AUGAGCAAGCUUUCUGAAUUUGUGGUCAUGGUCGGUCGUAUCUUCGGGCUGCGCGAUGUGCACAUCUCGUACCAGCGCUGGAGCAGCGAGCCGCAGAGGCGGCUGAGCGCGGCCAUCAACUGGGACGCGAACCGGGACCCCUCGCAGAAGCUGAGCGUGGACGUGCAGCUGGACAAUAAGGGCCGCUGGCACAGGGCCGGACACCUCGCGCUCUACUACCCCGGCAGGGUGGUCAACGGGGAGUUCGAGUUCCUGCUCAAAGGUGGCGCUCUUCAAAAUAAAGCUGAAGGGCAUGGAAUGAAUAAUCACUACAUAGUA